GGGGCCUGCGGGCGGCGGGGCCGGGACGGCCGAGGAGCGGCGCGAGCGCCGCCAAGUUACUCGGCCUGCGCCGCGGCCGGGUCCGCGUGCUGGCGGCGGGGCGGCGGGAGGGGCGGCGCGGGGCUCGGCGGGCUGAAACCCGAAACCUCCGGCCCCCGAGCGCGGCCGGGAGGAAGGAAGCGGCGGCGGCGGCCGAGGCGGAGAGGCGGCCCGGCGGGGCCCUGGGCUGCCGUGGCGGCGGCUCCUGGGUGAGCUCCGGCGGGGGCGCGGGCGGCGAGCCGGGCGCCGGCAGGGAUGGAGCGGGGCCGAGUCCAGCGCGCCGGGCGGGAAGGCGCAGGCCGGGCGGGGUCCCUGCGCCCCCUUCCCCCACGUCUCCCCACCCCCACGGCGCUUUUCUUCUCUCCGCGCCCCCUUGAAGGUAGGGGGUUGUCCUCCCCGCCGCGCUCCGCUUUGCUUCGGGCAGCUGGGGCUCUUUGUGGGAAGAUCUUGGGGGCGCGCCCCUCCCCUGCGGCCGGGGGCUUCUGAGAGGCCCUUUCCGCCAGCCCGCCCCGUUCCGCUGGCGCCGCCCGAAGCCCCAUUCCGAGACCUCCGGGAAGGGAGGACAUCGGUGCGGGCCCGCGACCCGGCUGAUUGGGGUCGCGCCCCUUAGGGCCAAGGGGCUUGACGCCCCGCUCUGGGACAGGUGUGUGGGGCAAAGCGGCCUCGACCCUCAGCUGAGAUCCGUGAGGACCAGGUAACAGCCCUGCAGAGUGUUAUUAGCCAGUUUUACAGGUGAGGAAACUGAGACUUGAGAGAAGUACUCUACUCAGCAAGUAAGGAGCCAGGAUUGAACUCAGGUCUUUUCACCUGGCAGUGCUUUUCACAUGGCCUCCGUCACACAGCCCUGUGCAGUGGGAGGCAGAAACGAGGCCUGGCGGUGUGAUCAGAGGGGCGGAGUUCGUUGUUUGGGUUCUGUGGAAGACAGAAUGGGCUGAGCUGGAACUGAUCUAAACGGCAGCCAAAGGAGCCGCCCAGCAUGCUGAGCCCACCCCCCGCCGAGGCGCGUUGACCAUGAGCCUCAACUCCUCCCUCGGCCACAGGAAGGAGCUGAGCAACCUCACCGAGGAGGACGGCGGUCCUGGGGGCGGCGGCGUCACGGAGUUCAUCUCCAUCGUCGUCAUCACCGUUGCCGUCUGCCUGGGCAACCUGGUCAUCGUGGUCACCUUGUACAGGAGGUCCUACCUCCUCACCCUCAGCAACAAGUUCGUCUUCAGCCUGACGCUGUCCAACUUCCUGCUGUCUGUGCUGGUGCUGCCUUUCGUGGUGACCAGCUCCAUCCGGAGGGAAUGGAUCUUUGGCGUGGUCUGGUGCAACUUCUCGGCACUCCUCUACCUGCUCAUCAGCUCAGCCAGCAUGCUCACCCUGGGGGUCAUCGCCGUCGACCGCUACUAUGCUGUCCUGUACCCCAUGGUGUACCCCAUGAAGAUCACGGGCAACCGGGCUGUGAUGGCACUUGCCUACAUCUGGCUCCACUCCCUCAUCGGCUGCCUGCCGCCUCUCUUUGGUUGGUCAUCGGUGGAGUUCGACGAGUUCAAGUGGAUGUGCGUGGCUGCGUGGCACCGGGAGCCAGGCUAUACCGCCUUCUGGCAGAUCUGGUGUGCCCUGUUCCCCUUCCUGGUCAUGCUGGUGUGCUAUGGCUUCAUCUUCCGCGUGGCCAGGGUCAAAGCACGCAAGGUGCACUGUGGCACCGUGGUCAUCGUGGAGGAGGACGCACAGAGGAACGGGAGGAAGAACUCCAGCACCUCCACCUCCUCCUCGGGCAGUAGGAAGAAUGCCUUUCAGGGCGUGGUCUAUUCGGCCAACCAGUGCAAAGCCCUCAUCACCAUCCUGGUGGUCAUUGGUGCCUUCAUGGUCACCUGGGGCCCCUACAUGGUUGUCAUCACCUCUGAGGCCCUCUGGGGGCAGAACUAUGUGUCCCCGACCCUGGAGACCUGGGCCACGUGGCUGUCCUUUACUAGCGCCAUCUGCCACCCCCUCAUCUAUGGCCUCUGGAACAAGACGGUUCGCAAGGAACUACUGGGCAUGUGCUUUGGGGAUCGGUACUACCGGGAACCGUUUGUGCAGCGGCAGAGGACAUCCAGGCUCUUCAGCAUUUCCAACCGGAUCACAGACCUGGGCCUGUCCCCGCACCUCACAGCACUCAUGGCAGGCGGACAGCCCCUGCGGAACAGCAGCAGCACGGGGGACACCGGCUUCAGCUGCUCUCAGGACUCAGGGACGGACGUCAUGCUGCUCGAAGACUACACGUCUGAUGACAACCCUCCCUCCCACACGUGCCCACCCAAGAGGAGGAGCUCGGUGACAUUCGAAGAUGAAGUGGAGCAGAUCAAAGAAGCUGCCAAGAACUCUAUUCUUCACGUGAAAGCCGAAGUGCACAAGUCCUUGGACAGUUACGCGGCCAGCUUGGCCAAAGCCAUAGAGGCUGAAGCCAAAAUCAACUUAUUUGGGGAGGAGGCCUUGCCUGGGGUCUUGCUGGCCACACGGACUGUCCCCGGGGUCGGCGCUGGGAGCCGCCGAGGCAGCAGGACGCUUGCGACCCAGAGGCUGCAGCUGCAGAGCAUCGACGAGGGGAACGUGUUAGCUGCGGGACAGACGUGAGGGUGGAUGCCCUUAUGCCUGUGCCAGGGCCCUGGGAGCGACAUCUGAUGCGUAGCCGUCAGAAAAAACACUGAAAA